AUGGAGCAUGUUAGGGUGGUCCUCAUACACCUGCUCCAGAAUCACCUUUACGUCAAAGCAGAGAAAUGUGAGUUCCAUCAGCAUCGCAUCUCUUUCCUGGGCUACAUCAUUAGUUCUGAAGGUGUCAGUAUGGACCCAUCUAAGGUCUCUGCGGUCACAUCUUGGCCCACGCCCACAUCAGUUAAGGAGCUUCAACAUUUUCUAGGUUUUGCCAACUUCUAUUGUCAUUUUAUUCAGGGUUUCAGCUCCAUCACCAUCCCACUAACUUCACUACUCAAGAAGGGACCCAAGCACCUUCAAUGGAACCCCACAGCAGAAGCAGCUUUUGGUCAUCUCAAGCAAGCCUUCACCUCAGCUCUCAUCUUGCAGCAUCCAGAUCUGUCCAAACCUUUCACUCUGAAGGUCGAUGCAUCUGACAUGGGAGUAGGGGCUGUGCUAUCACAACGUUUUGGGGAAAAACAAACUCCAUCCAGUAGCAUUCUUUUCUAA